GAUGGUAGAACAAUCUCAUUUGUCUUUCUCUCAAUUCGUGCUGUUAUGGGAUUUGUUGGACAUGCACUGGAAGUACUGCCCUGAGCAAACCAAGAUGGAUCAUUGUGGACUAAAGGAGAUACUUUAUAAGAUCCAUAACUCUGCCAACAAGCUUCUGCACUCAGCUCUGGUGCUGUUUACUGAUCUCACAGCUGGAAUACUUGGUCAUUUGUUAUUCAGACAGCAUUUUCACUGCCUCAUCUCUGUGCUGGUGCUGUUUGGACCUGUUCUGAGUCUCUGGGUAUCCAAGUACAGCAUAUUUGGCAACAAGAACCACUACCUGUAUAGGGUAUUCCUGCAUUCAUGCUGGGGCUGGACCUGCAUAUUAUGUGGCUCUUUCGUCUUUCUUCUGUCAUACUGCAUCAGUAACUCUCUCGUUCACUCAGUCCGUCACCUCUCUCGGCUCGCUGUGACCGGGACGCUGUGGACACUGUUCCGUCGUCUUCUCUCCUUCCUAGUGGACGCCUCAGGAAGCUGUUUUGAGCCACUACAAAGCAGCACAGACGUUUGCAGGAACCCCGGGGAGCUCCUGGACUCUGAUACGGGCCCCUUAUUACUACUGAGAGAGGAGAAGGGUAAAGCAGCCUGCCUUAGGGCCGGGCUACAAUGGCAGGGAUGUGAGGUGUCUGAUGAAAUCCUGAUUCUAAGUUUAUGUUGUUUGAUUCUUGUUGAGGAAAUAGCCGUUUUUGGGCCCUGCAUGGCUCUAGGAAAGCCUCCGGGAGCGCCACUGAGGAUUCUCUUCAUGCUGUGUGUGUUGUUGAUGAGUCUCUGGAUCUUCCUGAUUCUCUGCUUGCUAGCACACUUCCCACAGUUCCCUUCCCAGCUGGUUGGAGGAGCUCUUGGGUAUUUGGGGUGGAAGGGACUUUAUAAGAGCUGGUAUGUUUUAAAGCCUGGCUGGUGCUGUCUUGGAAGACCAAGAGGUUUGCAUUCGGACAUUACGAGUAAAACUGCAGUAAAUGCAUGUAAAGGAAAUAAGAAAUAA